AUGAAGGCGUCGGUACGGUGGACUGUGAGGCAAAACGACACGCAGGUGUUGAGUAUGGAGGUCCUGCCGGAUGACGUCAUCGCCGACAAGUUGCGGCUCGACCUGCCGCCGAACACCUUACCUGCCGGGCUGUUUAUGGUGCAGGUUACAGUGACCAUGGAAGUACCCGAGGUCGGACACACCAGCAUCGGUGUGGCGCAGACGUGGCUGGAGGUACUGCCGUUCCCCAUUGUGGCAUUUACCGGCUUUACCGGUACCACAAGAUCCCAAGCGGUGGGGCAUCUUCGUGUUACUGCCUUUCUGUCUCACGACUCUCGUUGUCAGGUCCCCAACGACCAGCUAAGCUACAACUGGACCUGUGAAGCAGUCAGUUAUCCGAACCCACCAGUUAUUACCAGCGGUGGAAUACCGGCCUGUGAAGCUCUUCUUGGACCCCUAGAGGCUGAUUCGGAUCCAGAUGGAGGAUUCUUGCACUUCGACAUGAACACUGUCCCUGUCCCACUGGGUUCGGUUGUCAAAGUGCGCGUGACCAUCGCCGCUGAGGGGCAUCAACCGGGACAUACAUACGUCGACGUACACACCACCGGAGACAUCAGCCUCGGAGGGUACAAUAUAGUAUGUUUACAAAACUGCAACCCCGGAGACCUACUCGCCCACGAGAUACUACAUCUCAUCAUACCACCGUAUGUUCCGGCCUCACCGAAUUCCGGUCUUAACUUGUGGACUCUAGUGGAGGCCCCAGCGGACUUUCCUGGCAUCGACUGGACAAACGACACCUUACUGGUCAAUGACGAUACCCUACAAGUUCGUCCCAACGUUUUUACAGUCCCCGGAUACUACACGAUCAGAGCUACCAACUACUUUGAUGUAAACUUCCCAAGGAUUGGAGAAUAUAGAUUUCUCGUGAUUAGGAAUCCGGUACCACUGAGGCUUCUCCAGGACAACUCCGCAGAAAUCCCACCAGACGUGUGCUCUGUCCGCCCUGCAGGAGGGGUAUCAUUGGUGGACAAGUUCUGCAUCGUCUGCGAAGACUUUUAUGAUGAGGUUGGCCCGCUGAAAAUGGAUGUGAAGUACAAGGUCGAACCGGGAGGCGUCGAAGCGGCAAAAGUCAGGUUUCCCGGAGAGAGGCAAGCUGCCCCCACCGACAUCGUUCUCAACGUGUUUUCUGGUUGGGUUUUCUACACGUAUAUGCUGAACAUCGCCCCAGGCAACAUCACAAUAGAGGUGGUGAUAUCCAGUGCCGACGGUCGUCACACUACCAUUCAACUAGAACGGUUUUUUAUCGCAAACCCUGCCAUAGAGGAUUUGAUCGCAUACACGGAAGAGUUCUUCGACAGUCAAGUAGGACCUUUCUACAAACUACUGUCCACGAGGUCUUCGGCGGAAACGUUCAGUGGUGCAGUGGCAGCUGCAAGUGUUAUAGUUAACCUGGCCAACAAUGGAGACGACAUUACUGAGAAAUAA